CAGCUUCACCUGGAUGCUGCUAGAACAUCCAUCUGUGGGUGAGGGAGGGGUAUCUGCACGAGUCUUAACUGCGUUGUUUUGGGAUUACAUCACUAAAUCGUCACAGUGUCCAGUCUGAGCAGGCAAGAAGAGCACUAUCAAUCUGAGUUCCCCUGGCUAGACUCUGCAAGACCUACACUCUCAAGAGACACCACAGCCCUAUUGACUGGUGGAAUACAGAACAAGAAAACAUACUGCAGGACGACAGACAAGCAUCAUGACAAAGGGCAAGCUUUCACUUGCAAACAAGGCCAACAAUGGCUCCUUCAGUGGAGAAGCCUUAGUGUCACCAGCUCCUCCCAGCUAUCAGGAAGCCACCGAGGGCACCAGUGCUCCUUGCUACAAUGAUGUCGAGAUGCUCACGGAGUUCACCUGGGAUGAUCGCAACAUCAGGAGGGUCUUCAUCCGUAAGGUGUACACAAUCUUGAUGAUCCAGCUUUUGGUCACUCUUGCUGUUGUGUCUCUUUUCACAUUCUGUGACCCAGUGAAGGACUACAUUCAAUCCAACCCAGGCUGGUACUGGGCGUCUUAUGCUGUGUUCUUCGUCACAUAUCUCACCAUAUCUUGCUGCUCUGCACCAAGGAGACUGUUUCCAUGGAAUGUGAUUCUGCUUGGCAUCUUUACCCUCUCACUCUCAUACAUGACAGGGAUGUUGUCCAGCUACUAUAACACCAAGUCAGUGGUGAUGUGUCUUGGCAUCACAGUAGCAGUCUGUGUCCUGGUCACAGUCUUCAGCUUCCAAACUAAGUUUGAUGUGACAUCAUACCAGGGUGUGCUCUUUGUCUUCUGCAUGGUCCUGUUCGUCUCUGGACUGGUGCUGGCACUUGUCCUCCCCUUCCAAUAUGUACCCUGGUUGGAUGCCACCUUCGCUGUCCUGGGAGCCAUACUGUUUACCAUGUUUUUGGCAUUUGAUACCCAGCUACUCAUGGGAAAUAAACGCUACACCAUGAGUCCAGAAGAGUAUGUCUUUGCCACUCUCAACCUCUAUUUAGAUAUUAUCUACAUCUUCUCCUUCUUCCUCCAAAUCUUUGGAACAAAACAUGAGUAAACCGUCACCCCACCUAUCUUACCUACAGACAAGGAAUGGGAAUUUAGGCAGAAAUAAUCAGAGUAUUUUAAAAUGUUGGUGAUUGUGAUGACAAUGCUUCCUGUUGUAACAUCUUUAUUUUUUUUGCCUGAUACAGAUAAGGCCACACAUACUUUGUGAAUCUCUUGUAGAUAGAUGUAUGUCAGUUUUCACAUCCAAAAUGUAUUCAACCUUACCUUCUUCUCUAGCAUGUUGUGAACCCUAUGGGGCUUUAGCUUACUAGUUUUACCAACAAGAAACAAUCAGUGGUCUUCCUCCUUUUAACGUAGAUAAAGAAUACUGUGAGUGUUCAUCUGAAGCGAUAUGGCUGUCUUUCUGUCCUUCCUAUAUCACAAAUGUCUUGCAAUCAAUAUAUGUCAGUGCUCUUUAAGAGGUAUGUAAUCUAUUGUACAUGGCUCUUAAAAAGCCCUAACUAUGCCAAGUGUAGUCAUCCCAUCAUUGGAAUAUUUCUGUGGGAGAUGAAUUAAUGACGUAACUGAAAGCACAAAUGUAAUUUUAAAAAAAGCUUCAAAGACUUUUCCUAUGUUUUCAAGCAUAUACAUUAUGGUUUAUGUAUUGGUUUUACUCCAUUGAACUCUAAGGCUAUCAUUCAUUAUAUUCACCUUGUUGUAUGGUUUCUAAUUAGUAUGUCAUUGUUCUAAUAUGUGUGUUUAAUCCUGAAAUGUUUUGAAUGAAGAUUGUGUAUAAUAAUCUUUUCAUGAAAAGCAUUUAGUUUGGACAUUUCUUGAUUGUUGGCAUUAUAGUCCUUUGGUUUUUGUUAAUAUGGAAAUGUAUUCAGUUGGUUUGAAGUGCUGACACAAUCAUGAUAAUAAUACAAAUAUUUAACAUUAAACAGACAGUGCCAUACAUACACAGAUUUACUGUAACUUUUGAUAAGGCCUACAUUUGGGAAGGGGCUUGAAUGCUAUUUUUCAUGACAUGACAAGUUUAUUUUUUUAAGACAGAAUGAUAUAUUUCAGAAGUGUAUAAUAUAACAAUGGUGAGUGUGAAGCUUAAAAUAAUUCAUAAGUUGUCUAAAGUGGCCUUGGACUUCCUUUAUUUCACAAUAUUGAUGCAGUAUAUUGUAAUGUCCCUGCAUUUCACGAAGCAUUUGUGUUUCUGUAUUGAUUUAUUAAAGGGUGAAUGUGCAUGAAUGGA